GAAUAUCACUUAUCUGCAUCUGUUCGAAAAACUAUAUUCAAGGGUCGAGUUGAAAAAAAGUCACAACAAUUCACCUAUCACGGGAAACACAAAGUGUCCAAAGUAAACAAUUUCGCACUCCAGGGAAAAUCUCUCCUCACACCACUUAUUCACUUUUGAGGAAUUCUUAUUACACCACACUUUCCAUGAUGAACCUAAUGACACACAAUUAUCCAUUUCUCUAAAGGUCAAUCGACGACAAAUUCCACACACGAGCUUGUCUCAUCAACUUGUUUUCGUUUUCCUUGAACGUCCAGAAAAUCGUCUACCAAUUACCCAUUAUGUAAGUUCCAAGCUUCAUAGGAAGUUCGCUAAUUCGUAGGACCAUGAAGCUCAAUAUCUCCAUCGUACAAUCACUCACUGUGAACUGGCCGUUUAAGGCCCAUUCGUGAUGUGAACGGUGUUUAACGAAUAAGUGAGGAAGUGGAUUUUUAGUGAAUUAAGUUUUCAAACGGGCGGAUUUGCAUCACGAUGAGGCAGACUCAGGCUAAGGCCGUAGCUGGCGUAACGUCUGAGGUCUUGAAACAGAAGAAGAUGGCCAAAGCAGCUGAAAAAAAGAAAGCCGAAGCCAAGAAAAACCACUCGAAAAAAGAAAAUGAGACCUCUGUGAAAUCAGUCAGUAUAAACUCGAUGACAUGGAGAGAACGUUACAGUUUCUUCAUUGAAAACAUCACAGUCGAACCUAUGUUGGCGUGUUACAUAAUUCCCAGCGUUUUGGCCAGCCUUGCCACUCAAAACUUGAACCUAGAAAAAGCCUGUAGGGUCAACUUGGGUUACACGACAGAAGUUUGCGACGCUUUAACAGAAAGAAGAACCCAGAAUUACACUAUGGAGGAACAGCAAGUCCAGCAGUUGGUAGCUUCCAUGGGCGUUUGGAAGACAAUUCUACAGAGUGCCCUCCCAGCAUUCCUCAUCAUGUUCAUCGGAUCCUGGAGUGACAGAUGGGGCAAGAGGAAGCCUUGUAUGCUCUUUCCCAUUGUAGGGGAGUUCAUGACCGUGGUUGGCCUGAUGGUUUGCGUUUUCUUCUUCAACGAGCUCCCGAUGGAAGUGGCAGGAUUCGUGGAAGGGUUCUUUCCGGCUAUAACAGGGGGUUGGUUUACCAUGUUCAUGGGCGUGUUCAGUUAUAUAGCCGACGUUACAACCGUGGAAAUGAGGACCUUAAGAAUCGGCAUAGUGAAUGUGUUCUGUUCGUUGGGCAUUCCCAUCGGACUCGCACUGAGCGGUAUCUUGUACAAAACAAUCGGUUUCUAUGGGGUGUUUUCCAUUUCUGCAGUGAUGUACAUUAUUUCGUUGUAUUAUGGGUACAAACAUAUCAAGGAACCCAAAAAAAUAGACGAGCCCACUUUACCAGAUCGUCCAUGUGCCUUCUUCAGGGACUUCUUCGAUGUGCAACAUCUCAUGGACACUUUCAACGUAGCCUUCAAGAGAGGAGAGAAUAAUAGGAGGACUAAGGUUAUGCUUCUCAUGUUGGUUGUUAUGGUGGUUAUAGGACCCAUGCACGGUGAAAUGGGAGUCUCUUACUUGUUCACAAGGUACAAAUUCAACUGGGAUGAAGUGGAUUUCAGCAUAUUUUCUACCUACAACAUGGUAACGAACCUCAUAGGUACAUCUGUCUCCGUAGGAGUUUUUAGCCACGCCCUGAAAAUUGAUGAUGCUGUUAUAGGCAUAUAUUCCUGUAUGAGUAAAAUAUUGUCCGGCUUUGUUUAUGGAUUUGCCACCACAUCACUGAUAUUUUAUUUAG